GUCUGAACAUGUUCCUGGUCGCUCAUGUUUUCAUCGUGGAUUUUUACUGCACUCUGGUUCACGGUAGCCUCCAUCUGAUUGGUUCAUCUCAGCCAAUCGUAGCUGCUCCUGGAGAUGACGUCGUCCUCCCGUGUCAGGUGGAUCCUGAGUGGGACGUCGUGGGGAAGACGGUGGAGUGGUCCCGACCGGACCUGAAGCCGUCCGGCCCUCAGAAGCGUGUGGAGUACGUGUUCGUGUACCGCUUCAGGAAGACGGACCGAGACAUGAUGAUGGACACGUACAUCCAGAGGACGUCUCUGUCCCAGGACGGCCUGAGGCGAGGAGACGUGUCUCUGACCAUCAGGAACGUCAGCCUGCAGGACCACGGCAGGUUCCGAUGUUUCAUCCCACGCCUCGGGAUAGACACAGAACUUCUGCUUGUUGUUGAUCCAAACUUUGUUUCCACGGCGAUAGAGACGGUUCCUCACAGAAACCUCAUCACUCCGACGCCACAGGAGGAAACCGUGACGAUCGGUCAACGGACCAGAUUCCAUCUUUGCCUUUUUGUUUUUUCAUUCUUCAUCAUUUGUCUUGGUCCGGUUUCCAUUUGCGUCAUAAGAAAAUCCAGACAAAUAUAGGAAGCUUUUCAUCGCCCAAACCUUCAGAUCAACAGACUCCUCGGUUCUGCAGAGGAACCGGUUCUGUUCCCAGACCAGAACCUGAAUCCAGAAUCCAGAACUUUGGCUGCUUGGAUCCGGAUCAGGAACAAAGUUUGACGUUUGAUUGUUGCAAUUGUUCAAAAUUCAGUGAGUGAAAUGUUUACCAAGUAUCACUGUGAUCAGGUUUGUUUGUUAACGUUUUUCCAGAACUAAGGCUGCGUUCACACUGCAGACUGAAGUGACCCAAAGACGAUUGUUUUUUGUUUUGUUUUUUGACAUAAUGCGACCUGCAUCCGAUCUUUUUAAAACAAUCUAAACAGCACAAGUCGGAUUCUUUUUGAAUGUGACUCAGGUCACUUAUCCGUUACGUUUCCGUUUCAGAUGUGACCUAAUGUCAAGGUCAUGUUCACCUGACCUGAAGGUCACCGAUAUUCGACAAACGUCACUAUUCUGCGUCCCGAUACGCGCAAACAGGAAGUAUAACAGCCACCAUGACGGACCGUAAUCAGGAUUAAGUUGUUAAUCUGCUGCUCCAGUCAGACAACAACUUCAAAUAUGUAAAGCUGUGCUCUGCUGUUAACAUCCAUGUUUACUUCAGUAAACGCUGAGCACUUCUUCUUCUUAUGGCCAUUGGUGGAACACUGAGAACGCUGACGCUAUUGCGCCCUCUACUGCGGGACACUUUCACACUACACAAAAAGUGAGAAUCGGGUCACUUCAGGCUGCAAUGUGAACGCAGCCUAAGAUUUAAAUGUUUGUUUUGCUGAUUUCUGAUCAAAUGUUGACUGAAUGUAGAGGGUUUUGUUUUUUAUUACUGUGAAUAAAGACAUUAAUGAAAAGAACAACUAAAGUUAUUAA